ACAAACAAGUAGAGCAUUCAAUUGCCAAAAUAACAAGAAAAAUCACAGAACCAACACAUUGUAAAAAAAAAAUGGCUGAACCAUCCAACUUUCUUGAUAAGAAAAGGUAUGCAGUAGUAACAGGAGCAAACAAAGGAAUAGGGCUGGAUAUAUGCAGACAGCUUGCAUCCCAGGGAGUAGUGGUUGUUCUGACCUCUAGAGAUGGAAAGAGGGGCUUAGAAGCCAUUGACAAUCUCAUCAAAUCUGGCCUAAUUAGCUCUGACAAUCUUCAUUUUCAUCAGCUUGAUGUUACCAACACUACUAGUAUUGCUUCUCUGGUUGGUUUCAUCAAUUCCAAAUUUGGCAAGCUUGAUAUCCUGGUGAACAAUGCUGCAAUUAGAGGACAAAUUGUUGAUUUUGAUGCUCUGAAAGUGGCAGGUUUUGGCACUCCAGGGAUACAGAUCAAUUAUGCUGAGAUGAUGACACAGACAUAUGAGCUUGCAGAAGAAUGCUUGAAAAUUAACUACUAUGGAGCGAAAAGUAUCACUGAAGCCUUGCUUCCUCUCCUUCAAUUGUCUGAUUCGCCAAGAAUCAUCAAUGUUUCCUCUUCUAUAGGAAAGUUGAGGAAUAUACCAAAUGAGAGAAUCAAAGGAGUCCUAGGUGAUGCUGAAAACCUUGCAGAAGAAAAAGUAGAUGAGAUUCUGAACGAAUUUCUGAGAGACUUCAAGGACGGUUUACUAGAAGAGAAAGGCUGGCCAUCUCCAAUGGCAGCUUAUAUAGUUUCGAAGGCAGCUUUAAGUGCAUAUACAAGAAUAUUGGCCAAGAAUUACCCCUCAAUCAUCAUCAACUGUGUCUGUCCAGGCUUUGUCAGAACAGAUCUCACAGGAAACAUGGGAUAUUUAUCCAUUGAAGAAGGUGCGGAAAGUCCGGUGAAGCUAGCAUUAAUGCCCCACGGUUCACCUUCCGGCCUCUUCUUUUUGAGAAAUGAAGUUUCUUCAUUUGAUUAAUCCAAUUUACAUAAUCAAACCCUUUUCUGAUAUUGUACAUGUUAACAGAGGAAACAAAUACAGGAACGGAAAAGGGUGUAACACUUGAAAAAUGUUCUUUUUAAUAAAAAUGACAUCACAUGUCUUAACAA